AAGAUGCUGAAUUUUAUAUAGUGAGAAAAAACAGUUUACUAGUGACCGAUGAAGCAGAAAUAAAAAUCGGGGCAAAAAUUCAGUUUCCGUAUCCUGAAGACAAAACAAAUUCAAAAAUUAAAAUUGGAAAAAUCAUUAUGGAAUCGGAAUCGCAGAAAAUAGUACAGAAUGAAAUGAAAAAGAUGAAAAUAGAAAUGGAAGAGAACGGAAUCACGAUAGAAGAUAUAAUGAAAGAAGAAAAGGAACAGUAUGAAGAAAAACGACAAGAAUAUCGCUCAAGAGCAAGACAAGAUAAUAUUGAUAUGGCAAAAUUGCUACUACAAGAGUUAGACGAAAGAACUAAACGUGAAGCUAAUUUACAGAAUAGUAUUGUUGAAGCGUUAAAUUUAACAGAAGAAACGAAUGCUUCAGUUUUGAACAUUGAAAGUUUAUUUUACGAUUUAAACAAAAUUUAAACAAAAUGUGUUUUAAAAAAAAAAAUUUCGGCGUUUCUUAUUUUCUUAUUUUUGAAUGUCACAUAAUGUAAGUUCAAAUAUGAAAAUUAAACAAAAUCUGUAUACUUAGUUUAUUUGUUGAAACAGGAGAUACAUUUGUAUCUCCUGUACAUAUGUAUCCAUUUCAUAAUAAAUAAUUAAAUGAAACAAAAAAUAAAAUGACCUGAGAAAUUGAAUUUCACACAUUUUUCGUUAUUAUCAUAUGAAAUUAGCUGCUAACUUUUAUUUGUUACGUUUGCAUUUUAAAACAAAAUAGGAACGAAAAUAUAAAAGCGAUGUCAUUUUCAUCUAAUUUGCUGCUAGUCAAAUCGUGAAAUUUAUUCAAUUUAAAAAUUAAACUUUUUUUAUUGAAAAAUGGAUCAAGAAUUACUUCUUAUUGAGGGCGAUGGUUGUUUCACAAUUAUAAAUAAAAUGUCAGUCAUUUUCGAUUCAAGUAUUCCGGAACUGAAACGUGGGAUAACCAUCAAGUAUCUUUGGCCAGAAUUUUCUGCAGUGCAAAAACGUUACACGGGAACCAUAAUUGGCAUGUCAAACAGCGAGAAAGAAUUGCUAACACUGCAAAAUCAAAAAUUAAAGGAAGCUGGAAAAAGAAGUCAGGCAAAGAAACGAAAACUUCAAUGCGACUCUUUUUCUGAAAGUGAGGAUCAAUCAAAUUUCGAUGAAUCAAGUUCAAAUGUAAUUUUUGACAAAAUUCAAGAGGCAUUGCAACUUAACAAACAGUUAACUAAGAUUUUAGAGGAUUUAAAAAAACUCGCUUUUUCUGUUGACCGAAGCCAAGGUAAAAAUUUACGCUUCUCAUCAAUUUCGAGUGCAAUUAAAGAUAACACACCAUUAUUGUCAAAUUUAAAUAAUGCAGUAACUGAGCACCAGGCAUCUACAUCUUUCAAUUCGCUUUUGGAAAAUCCACAUUCCUCAAUAAUUUCAAAAUCCAUAAAAGAAAAAGCAGUUACUAAGCCUCUCGCAUCUACUGCUUUCAAUUCGAUUUUGGAAAAUUAUAGCGAAGACUAUGAGGAAAGUGAAGGUGAACAACAUCUUGAAAAAGAAAACAUCACUGGUCCUAAACUCAUGGAAACAGAGGGUGUUGUUGAAGAGAACAAUAUGUUCAUAUUUACGAAAAGUACUGCCGGCGAUAAGGCUGUUGAAUUGAUCUCAGAGAGCGAUGUAUAUAUCGAUAAAACCGUUUUGAAAGACUGCAAACGCAAAGCAACAUCGCAUAAUGCAUUAGCGCGAAUGCUAAUGUCCAACAUUUUUACUGCAGAAGCACUUCUUCAAUAUAAUUUGGAAACAAAAAAGAACAAGGAAGGACUUCCAAGUUCUGUCAUUGACGUGAUUUUAAAAUAUUGUAUCAAUGUAGCAAGGAAGAAUGGAUGGAGGCCGAACAAUGAUCGGGCAGUAAUUGAUAGUCUUCGCUCUAAAUUAAAAGAAAUAAAAGUAAAACAUGCCCAUAAAACGCAACCGAAAAAGUAAAAAAAGUUAUUCAGUUUAAUUAUUUAAUUAAUAUUAAUGUUCAUUUGAUGGUACAAUUUGUUCAAAAAUUAAAAAAUUAAUAAAACUUAUUGUAGGCUAUAUAGAGUUGUUGAUUCAAAUUAACCUAAAUACUUGUUUGAGUUUUAUUUUUACUAUUUGAGUUGAAAUUACCUGCAGAAAUUUAUCUGGAUAGACCAAUUGUAACCUCCUAGUUUAUUAUUUUUACUAUUUGAGGGGAACUUUGCUCAAAACAUUCACCUGGAUAUCUGAUAGACAAAUUGUGACCUGGUUUAUCAUUUUUCAUAUUUGAAGUGUACAUCCCGGAAAAAGUUGACCUAG